AUGGCGACUAAAAAAGUUUAUGUUCUUCCCCUGACCCAGACCCAGUACAUGCUCUCGAUUAGCCGCGCUUCUGCCCUAGGAGCAUCGAUACUUACGAUGGCCAUCUGCUUUGAGCUGGCAUACGUUCUCUUCUCGACGUCCGUCAUUCGUCGCUCGCCCCUCUUCAUCGUCAACCAAGUCUCAUUUGUACUAUGCGCCACUUACGCCGUCUUUGCCCAGCGCAGGGCCAUCGUCGAGAUCCAUCAGCACUUUGACCAUACAAAGUCUGCAGACCUUAAUUACGUCGUCAACAUCCUCCUCACUGACUUUUUCUCGAUUCUCGCGCCCGUCGUUGCCGACUCUACGCUUCUCUUCAAGCUCAACACCUUUUACCCCUCUUGGCACGCUUCUGUGCUAAAGCGUCUGGCAAUCCUGGGUGUAAUCGCCACCUUGCUCGCCGGCAGACUCUUCUGCUCCUUCAUGAUGCUUUUUUUGGAUUACUUUGACGUCGUGGUGCCGGUCGCAAAGGGUCGUGAAGAGAAAGGCAAGACAAUUUUUAGGCACACCACCGCCAUCCGCUUCGCCGACUCGCUCAUGCAGCUUGCCACUUCUACCUUUGGUUGUUGUCUGCUCUUGUACCGAGCCUACCAUUACAGGAGGCAGAUGCAAGCUUCGUCCACCGUUGUCCAACGAAGGCUGCGCUUUUUUGUCGAAUCGACAACGAUGACGUUCCUUCCCCCCGUCUGCAUCCAGAUCGUUCUCGUCGUCGGCAUGUUCAUCAACAACAUUCCAGGCCGGACGGCCUACGGCUGGGGAAUCGCGCUCAAUGUUCUGUUCUCCUACGCUUUCUCCAUCCUCGCCACAUCCUGGUCCACUAUUCGUGAGGCACCUUUCAAGGCCUCGAGCAAUCGCCCGCGCGACCAUAGCACGGCCUCUUCGGUGUCUGAAGUGGUGCCUAACCAAGGCCAUCCCCAGCAACACCAUCACCAGACGCAACAACAGCAUUCGCAAAAUGACAGGACGAAGAUCUCGCCAAUCAACCAGACGAUUAUCGGAUCCAUCAUGAGCGCAGUGGCCGCCCCUGCCCAGGAAGCCUACGAUGACCACGACCAGAUGGAGGUUCUUGUGUCGCUUCCGCACGUUGGAAGCACCGACAUUGGCGCCCUCGAGAACCAGAGGCACAAGCACCCCUCCUCCUCUUGA